AGAGUUAAGCUAGCCCUCGACCUCGCUCUUUUCGGUUCAGGCGGAGACUCGAGCGAGGCGCUGGGAGCGUGCGGUGGUUCUUUUGACUCGCUCAACAUCCGGACAACUCCGCCGCCAUUAUGGUGAAGCUCGCCAAGAACGUUAAAAAUCAGCUUAAGCCGAAAAAAAUGGCUGCCCUUCCUCCAAAGGACAUCGAUGAUAGUGAAGAAGAAGAGGAUUCAUCAGAAGAGGAGAGCAGCGAGGAAGAGAUGAUUGCUCAGAAGAAAGCCGCUACCCCGGCGAAAGCAGCAGCAGUUACUCCCAACAAAAAGGCAGCAACUCCUGGAAAGAAAGCAGUGGCUACCCCAGCCAAAAAAGCCGUGGCUACCCCAGCAAAGAAAGGAGCUGCUACUCCAGCAAAGAAGACACCAGUCCCUGCCAAAGGAGCAAAAAAUGGGAAGAAUGCAAAGAAAGAAGAGAGUGAAGAGGAGGAGGAAGAUGACGAGGAGGAAGACGAUAGUGAGGAGGAGGAAGAUGAGUCUGACGAGGAGCCUGCUGUACCAGUAAAGAAACAAGUCCAGGCAGCUGCGAAAAAGCCCGUAGCUACUGUGGCUGCUAUAACGAUCAAGAAUGAGUCCGACCUUGAAGAUGAAGACGAUGACGAAGAUGAGGACGACGAAGAGGAUGAGUCUGAAGAGGAACCCAUGGAUACCACUCCAGCAAAAGGGAAGAAAGCUGUGCUUGCAAAAGCUGCACGACCAAAGGUUACACCAGCAAAGCUUGCCAAGGAAGAGUCUGAGGAGGAGGAAGAUGAGGAGGAUGACGACGACGAGGAGGAGGAAGAGGAUGACGACGACGACGAGGAAGAAAAUGUGCAAGAAACAGCUGGAAAGCGAAAGAAGGAAAUGGCCAAGCAAAAAGGCAUCCCAGAUGCGAAGAAGAAGAAAACAGAUGAAGCUGCCUUCUCCCUCUUCGUGGGCAAUUUGAAUGCAACCAAGGACUUUGAUGAACUGAAGGCUGCCAUCAGAGAUUUCUUUGCCAAAAAAGACCUUCAAGUCCAAGAAGUCAGAAUUGGCAGCUCAAAGAAGUUUGGCUAUGUGGAUUUCUCCACAGAAGCGGAGCUGGAUAAAGCGCUUAAGUUUAACGGAAAGAAAUGUAUGGGCUUGGAAAUAAAACUGGAAAAAGCAAAAAGUAAAGAGAGCAUUCAAGAGAACAAGAAAGAGAGAGACGCAAGAACCAUCUUUGUGAGGAACCUUGCUUACAGUGUGACCCAGGAAGGACUGCAAGAAGUAUUUGACAAUGCCCGCGAAGUCAGGCUGGUGUCCAAGGACGGGAACAGCAAAGGGUUUGCCUACAUUGAGUUUAAAUCUGAGGCAGAUGCGGAGAAAGCCCUGGAGGAAAAGCAAGGGAUGGAGAUUGAAGGCCGUGCCAUUGUGAUUGACUACACAGGCGAGAAGAGCCAGCAGGAUAGCAGAAAAGCAGGUGGAGAGUCAAAGACUCUUGUUGUGAAUAACCUCUCCUACGAUGCAACAGAAGAAUCUCUUCAGGAAGUCUUUGAGAAAGCUACAUCAAUCAGGAUGCCACAGAACAACCAGGGAAGGUCUAAAGGUUACGCAUUCGUAGAAUUUCCUACAGCCGAGGAUGCAAAAGAAGCACUGAAUUCUUGCAAUAACACAGAGAUUGAAGGCAGAACAAUCAGAUUAGAAUUCAGCACUCCUGGAGGACAAAACAGAAACGCAAACGCUAGAGGAGGAUUUGGUCAACAAAGCAAAACACUCUUUGUCAAAGGCCUGUCUGAGGACACGACUGAAGAGACAUUGAGAGAGUCCUUUGAAGGCUCCAUUGGUGCAAGAAUAGUCACAGACAGAGACACCGGCUCAUCCAAAGGGUUUGGCUUCGUGGACUUCGGCUCGGCGGAAGACGCCAAAGCAGCGAAAGAAGCCAUGGAGGAUGGAGAGAUUGAUGGAAACAAAGUGACCCUUGACUUUGCCAAGCCCAAGGGCGAUGGUCCACGUGGCAGUGGCGGCUUUGGCCGUGGAGGCAGAGGGGGACGCGGUGGCGGACGAGGAUUCGGCGGCAGGGGUGGCGGACGAGGAUUUGGAGGCAGAGGCGGUGGCUUCAGGGGAGGCAGAGGUGGUGGUGGUGACCAUAAGCCCCAAGGAAAGAAGAUAAAAUUUGAUGACUGAGUGGUUUGUUUUCCUUGUAUCUGAAAGGACUCUGGGGUUUUUAAUUCUGUCACCACAAAAUGAGAGCCUUUUGAGGACAUUCCAAGAUGCGUUGCAGUCCCUCCCCCUAAGAGCUACUUGGAAAAAAAAAUCCCUUUCAACGAAGAAACAGCCAUUUGACUGCCUGGCCACGCAUAUGAACUUUUUAAAAGCAACAAGAAAUGUGGGAGUUUACCCGUGUCAGUGCAUUGUCCUGAAUUUAUAACGUUUUAUCCCAUGUACAAAAUUAACUUCCUUACACGUUUCUGUAGGUUUUUUCCUCUUUUUUUUAUUUCUUGCUGUAAAAAUGCAAAAUGUUUUAUCAUUUGUGUCUCGGCAUACUGUCUUGGACAGAUUAAAAGGCCUAAACAGA